ACCCUAGUCAUCCCCUGCCAUGUAAUCCCUUCGUACCUAGUUGUCCACAUAUUGCCCAAUUUGUCCCAUGGAUUCCCUAAGAAGGAAAAUUUUGCACGUGGUGGAUGGACUCUUCGCACGUGUCAAUGAUCAAUUUUUGACAAGAGCACUUCGGAGAGAAGUUAACCAGGGCAUAAUUGGGCAUAAGUUUUUCAUAAUUAAAUUUGAAACAGUAUAUGAAUUACAUUUUCAACCUGGUGCAAGUUAAAUGACAUCUCAACAGAAGAGAUGGGUUUGUGGUCGUGGUGUUCUAGCACUGAAAUCAUGUGAACCAUUGAGACGACCUCGGAGAGAAGAACCUAAAGAUCCACAAGCUCCUAGGCCACCCUUAGAAGCAAUACAUGGCCCCAACCCAAAAUUGCUUGUAAAAUACAGCUAUAAAAAGAACCCGAACCAACCUGGUGGGUUUCCAGAGCUAACCGUGAGACAGCGACAAAACGUGACUUUUUUAAACGUACAUGAGACGGAAUCUUUGUGGUGGAAUGUAAAAGAUGAAGAUAGUGGUGAAAGUGGUUAUGUACCAGGAUCCUAUCUAAUGAUUCUUGAGGAAAAGCCAUCAAGCCUACCUUGGUUAGAGAACAGAAGACUUGAGGCACAAGAAGAAACAAAAAAGAAAGAAGGUCCUUUUAAAGAUGCACCCACUACUGUUUGGAAACCUUAUGUAUCAGCUUAUGGAGGAACAACCACAGGUCAGAAUAACCAACCCCCAAAUCAAUACUACUGUGAGAUCUGUGAUAAGCAGCUGAAUGGACCAAAACCUUUUCAAGCACACAUGGUUAGCAAAGCACAUAAAGAAGAGGUUGCAGCACAGUCAUAAAGAGUGGGGAUUCCAUUUGUAUGUUAAGAUGGAGGAUGAUGGGGAUAACAGAGAUGCAAGCAUCAGUUUGUAGACAGGCCCAACAAUGCAAAAAGUCAUUCAAGUUUGGUUUCAUUAUGGAAUUAACUAUAUAUGCCUUUAAUUUCUUCAUUUGCUGGACUCUUACACAGUUAAAGUUCUGUUAUAUAUUAUACUAUUAGAUAUAUGUUGCUCUGCUUUAACCCUGGCCUUUAACCUGAUGCUAAAAAUUGUUUAUUGAAACCUGGAGUUUUCAAUUUCUGGCUAGCUAGUACAGGGUGUGUAAAAAACUGGAAUUUGAAAUCAUUCCAGCUUAUGCAGUGGGACAUCAUUUAUGUAACAUUUGCAAAUAAAACAAAUUCAAAAAUCUACAGGCAAUUAAGAACUGAACUGAGAUUAAAAAAAUAUUUUCAGGUGGUAGUGCAGUGCAGCUUUUGUAUAACAAAGCGUAAGAAAAAGACGUGUAUGGGGCUUUUGCUGAAUGCAACUGAUUU